AUGCCUCUGCCCGUGCAGGUCUUUAACUUUCAGGGGGCUGUGGAGCCUAUGCAAAUCGAUGCAGACCCCCAGGAGGAUCAGCAGAAUGCACCAGACACCAACUAUGUUGUGGAAAAUCCAACUCUGGACUUGGAGCAGUACGCCUCCUGCUACAGUGGGCUGAUGAGGAUCGAGCGGCUGCAGUUCAUCGCUGAGCACUGUCCCCAACUCCGCGCGGAAGCACUGAAGAUGGCCCUGUCAUUUGUCCAAAGAACCUUCAAUGUCGACGUCUAUGAGGAGAUCCACCGCAAGCUGACCGAGGCUACAAGAGAGGUCCAGGGGGGGCCAGAUGCAGUUGCAGAGGGUGAGGCAGUGCUUCCUCCUCUCGACACGGCGUGGGCAGAGUCAACCAGGAAAAAGGCUCUCCUCAAGCUCGAAAAACUGGACACUGACCUGAAAAACUACAAGGGAAAUUCCAUCAAAGAGAGCAUCAGGAGGGGUCAUGAUGACCUUGGAGAUCACUACUUAGACUGCGGUGACCUCAGCAAUGCCUUGAAGUGUUACUCCCGUGCCAGAGAUUACUGUACCAGCGCCAAGCACGUCAUCAAUAUGUGUCUUAAUGUAAUCAAGGUUAGCGUUUACCUUCAGAACUGGUCCCACGUACUUAGUUAUGUCAGCAAGGCCGAGUCCACUCCAGAGAUAGCAGAACAACGAGGAGAAAGGGACAGUCAGAACCAAGCAGUCCUCACCAAACUGAAAUGUGCUGCAGGCUUGGCAGAGCUCGCCUCUCGAAAGUACAAACAGGCAGCAAAGUGCUUCCUUCAGGCCUCCUUCGACCACUGUGACUUCCCUGAGCUUCUCUCUCCCAGUAACGUAGCGGUAUAUGGGGGGCUGUGUGCCCUGGCCACUUUCGACAGACAGGAGCUGCAGAGGAACGUCAUCUCCAGCAGCUCCUUCAAGCUGUUCCUGGAGCUGGAGCCUCAGGUCCGCGACAUCAUCUUCAAGUUUUAUGAGUCGAAGUACGCAUCCUGCCUGAAAAUGCUGGACGAGAUGAAGGAUAACCUUCUGCUGGACAUGUAUCUGGCUCCCCAUGUGAGGACACUAUACAUGCAGAUUAGGAACAGAGCCCUGAUACAGUACUUUAGCCCCUAUGUGUCUGCUGACAUGAACAAGAUGGCCAUGGCCUUCAACACCUCGGUGGCGGCUCUGGAGGACGAGCUGACGCAGCUGAUUCUGGAGGGACUGAUCAAUGCCAGGAUCGACUCCCACAGCAAGAUCCUGUAUGCCAGGGAUGUGGAUCAGAGAAGCACAACCUUUGAGAAGUCUCUUCAGAUGGGCAAAGAGUUUCAGAGAAGAGCCAAAGCUAUGAUCCUGCGAGCUGCUGUGCUGCGUAACCAGAUACACGUCAAGUCUCCACCACGGGAAGGCAGCCAGGGCGAGCUCACACCUGCCAACAGCCAAACGCGAAUGAGCACCAACAUGUGAAGAUGGCGGACGUGCGCGGCGUCGGCAGGAGUCUCCUCCCAUGGCCCCUGUCCCAACUGCUUCCCAAAUUACCAACUAAAGACUUUUAUUUAAGUGGGAAUUUGUGUGUUACCUAGAUCAAACGUGAGCUCCAGUCAGAACCUUUCAUUUGAUUGUUGCAUACGGUGUGUCAGCGCUUGCAGCCAUUACUGCCAUUCGGGUCUAACGUGCACUGCUACACUCAACUAACAGGUCCCAUCUCGUGUUUUGUUUCAUUUCUCUGGAAGCUGUAGAAAGUUUAUGGGGAAAGCACUCUCCCUACACCUGCAAUAACUUUUUUUUUUUAGACGGUCGUGUAUUCUGCGGUAUAUCUCAACUCCAUAUCCAUGCAUUUUUUUUAGGAUGUAUCAGAAAUGUACCAGAUGAUACAUUUUUGACAACAUCUGUUAAAGUGAGAGGUGACGUAACAGCUGAACUGUUUGGUUGCCCUUUGUAAACGAUGCCCUACCCUUUGUGUCAUAUGACAGACCCUGAUCCUGCAGUCACCUCCAUGCUUGAAAUACGCAGAGCAAGCUAAUUUUUAAAAUGACUUCACCUGCAACAAUUGAUGUUUUUUCAGGUUUGUUCCCCCAACCAUUUCCAUCAGUUUAAGAUUGCUAGUACCAACUAUAACGCCUUAUUCAAGCUGUUUGUAUAAGGAUAUAUUUCAUAAGCCUUCAAAAUAAAAUGUUUGUCUCUUAGGCUAA